AUGAAGGGUCGUAUGUUCUGCGCUUCUCAAGCAUCGACAGCCAUUUGUUCAAGCAUGGACCACAUUGACAAACCAACCACGGUCGACAAUGAUGAACGAAACAACGGCCGAGCUAUUGACCGCCACAAUCCUAUCAUUAAAGAUGGCCGGAGAUCCUCCGUGGACGACUACAUCAGAAUACCCGCUGACGGAGAGAUUAGCAACAAAACACUAGAGAUCUAUAAAGGCAGGAGGAGCAUCACUGCCCGGAAAAGCACUGGUGGUGGCGGUGGAGGAGGAGCGGCGGCGUUGUUGAAGCUCAUCACCAGUGAUAUCAGCUUGGCGAGGAAGAGUUUCAGCUGUGUUGCUAGACCCGCAUGUGACUUCAUCAAAACCCCUCCCGGCUCUACAAGGUAUCUUUUGGGAUCCGACCCGGAUUCUGUUUCCGGGUCUGCGGGUCAGGACUCAGUGAAGACGAAAGCUGCUCAGUCUCCUAGUGGUGAAGAGAUAAAGCCAACUUCGUUCUUGGCGGAGAAGAAGAGUACUAGUGGUUGUGGUUCCAACCAGGUCGUUGUUCUCAAAGUGUCUCUCCACUGCAGAGGCUGUGAAGGAAAAGUUAGGAAACAUCUGGCCAGAAUGCAAGGUGUGACAUCCUUCAACAUAGAUUUUGCUGCAAAGAAAGUGACUGUGACUGGAGAUCUCACUCCCUUGGAAAUAUUGGAUAGCAUCUCAAAGGCCGACUUUCGUGCGAGUGGAUCUCACGCGCCACGAAAGUUUCUCCCAAAAACUUCACCGAGCUUUUCGUCUCUUCUCUCCGACUUGAGGUCUUCUCCGUGCUCGGCGCUUGCCGAUGCCGUGAGGGGACCUCCUUUCUCUUUAAUUGCGUUUAAGAUCUUCAACGGCGAGGACGGCGGAAUAGCUUGUGGUGAGUUUGACGAUGGCGGAUCUGAGUUUCGAGUUGUGUCUCUCUUCGCCGGUUCGGUGGGUUCGCUGCAUCUCGUGAAAAGCUCCGGUGGAAGGUGGUGUGAAGAAGCGUGGGGAUGGCGGGUCCUCUGUCAGAUUCACUAA